GAGCCGAGGGGACCCUGCAGCUGAAAAAACAGACAGAGAGGAGAGGAAGGGUUAUUGAGACAAGAAGCUGUGUGUCUGUGUGUGUGUUUGUGUGUACGUGUGUGUUUUGAAGCAGCCAGUAAUUACCUUCCAGCAUCUGAACCAAUCAAGAGCUGCAGAGAGAGAGAGUGUGUGUGUGUGUGAGAGAGAGUCCAUUUAGAUUUCAGUCUAUUCCCAGGAAAAAGACACUCGCGCUCUCACACACGCCCGCACACGCACGCAGUCUCACAGCCCGUCCAUUCAACCAGAGUCAGGGAGAAGGGACGGAAGUGUUUUCUUUGGGGGAGCACAGCUUAUCCUUUCUCCUGUUUACCGACUCGUGGUGGGUGAAGACAGAUGGACAAGAUGAACCACAGCUCAGCUGAGGCAGAGCCUGAAACCAUAGAACCGCUGCGUUACCUCAGCAAAGGGGAUGCAGCAGCUAUCGAGACAGAACUACUGAGAGACUACAAGUUUGGACAACAGCAGCUCAUAGAGCUUUGGGGACAAGCAUGUGCUCUCGCCAUCACUAAGGCCUAUCCACUGAGUGCUUUAUCAAAGAAGCAACCAACAGUGCUGGUGAUCUGCGGUCCAGAUCAAAAUGGCUCCAUUGGCCUAGUGUGUGCCCGACAUCUCCGCAUAUUCGAUUAUGAGCCCACCAUCUAUCACCCGAAACGUUCCUCUCACAGCCUGCACCAGGAUUUCACAAUUCAGUGUGAGAAGAUGGACAUCCCUUUCCUUUCCUAUCUCCCUACAGAGGUGCAGCUUAUCAAUGAUGCCUACAACCUAGUGAUCGAUGCCAUGCUAGGCCUGGAGGCAGACUCAUCCAAUAUUAAGGAGCCAUAUUCUGGUAUCCUGGUCACCCUAAAGCAAAUCAAGAUUCCCAUUGUCAGUGUGGAUGUGCCCUCAGGUUGGGAUGCAGAGGAACCAAGUCAGGAUGGGAUAAACCCAGAAGUUCUCAUCUCACUCAUGGCACCAAAGAAGUGUGCAUUAAACUUCUCUGGAAAGCAUUUCUUGGCUGGACGCUUCCUGCCCUAUGACAUUCAGAAAAAAUAUGAGCUUAAUCUCCCAGACUACGCUGGCACGGACUGUCUCCUGGAACUGUAACACGGAAACACAGGAGCUGGUAUAACCACUCUACCCUUGGUCGCGUUUUAUAGGUUGUUACUGUAAUUUUACGUCAAAGUCUCGGCUGUUUAGAUCCAAAAUGCACAUUAGCCCAAUGUGUUGUUGAGCUGCUGUAAAAGGUUGAAGCUUAGAGCAAUGGCUUCGAGUCGUGACUGUUUAGGAAAUGGCAUGAGGAGUUUGUUGUCAGUCGACGUGUCAGAGCUGUAGCAUUCCACUGUUUUCUAGUUUCCAGAAUUGGCAAAGAAAAAAAAACAAGUUUUCUAUCAUUAAAGUCACAGAAUUUUUUUUCCUUCUUUUUUUUUCAAAAACCCCCGAAGCUUUUAUGUUCUCAUGUACUUCUUCUGUGGACUCUAUUCCCUCAGUGUGCUGCUAAAAUAUCGUGGUGUAGGUCGGCGUUUUGGGUAUAAAUAUAUAAAGCUAUAUAUAUUUGUGUUCUUUUGAUUGUUUGGUCAUUUUUAAACUUGCCACUACGUUCUUUUAGUUAAUGCAUUUGCUUUUACAAAACGUUCACAUAUUUCUUGUUGACCAAUAAAAAAAAAAAAGAUCUGACCAAUUUCAGGUAGCGCUACGUGACUGGUGUUUUUAACUUUUUUCACUAAUAUAAUGAUAAUAAUUCAAAACGUACUUGUUUUUUUUUUUUCAAAGCUACCUCUAAAAACAGGCGUAAGUGAUUUUCAAUACUAACUUUAAACAACACCGUAUUUAGAAGCACUGGCCCAAAUUAUGUUUAAUGUUCAUUCAGUACAUUUGCUUAUAUACUACAAGAUUUAUUUUUGGUUUUCACGAAAGACUUACAAAGUCAACCACACAACUUUGAAGUGGAGGAACACAGUUGUAUUUACUCUAAUUAAAACAUAUAUUUAGGGGUAGAAGAGUAAAGAGGACUUAUAUUUUUAUACAACUUUGGAAACCAUUAAUAUUGUUUUCUAUCACUAAGCAUUUACAAUAACUUUGUGUAGGUCUAUCACAAAUUUCCCAAUAGCAGAUGUCGAAGUUUGUGGUUCUGAUGUAACAAAAUUUAAAAACAUUCAAGCACACAGCACAGUACGUCUUCAAUUAGGUUGCUCUCCCAUCCCCAUGUGGGGAACUGACUAGAGUAACACAAGCACUGAAGUAAUCAGAUAUUGAAGUAAUGUGCAUUCAGGCAUUUGAAUAAUGGCCACUGAUUCAUUGAGUUUGAAACAGAAGCAUAUUGCAACAAUUAAAGUCGGGCUUCUUUAAAAGAACUCAUAUGGUUGCACUGCUUGCCUGCUCCCAACUGGAUUUGGUUUGUUAAUAUAAGCUGUAAACAGGUGAGAUCGGCCUACAAUCAGCCCAAGUAGACAAUCUGUCCGUGUGGAGGUUAGCGCUGCAGCUUUCGGUGGGAAUGACUUAAGACGGAGGUUACUGUGCUGUUUACGGCUGAGGUAAUGUGUAUUUAUACAACCUUAGGAGCUUCUUCAGCAUACUAAUGCACUAAUGCCUGGUGAGUAUGCACAUGUGUGAGUGGGUGUAGGCAGUCAGUGAAAAGGAAUGUUUAUAUGUUGUUCACUCUGCACUGUCCAAAGCAAUUGGGAAAUGACUGUGGAAAUAUCUCUGAACUGUCAGUGGCCAAGUCUUUAAUGUCCGUCCAAAACUCUCUCAGGCAACAAUGGGUCUGUCGUUACAGUGUCAGUGGUGCUCAUCACGAGAGCGGGUGAGUAAUUAGCACCAGGAUCCUUGAUUGAUAUAAAUUUAUACGGUCAAAUGUAACGGCAGCUGUUUUCCAAUGUUUAGGAACAGACUGCGCAUGGUAGUUUUGGAUAUAGGACAUAUGGGUAGAUGCCCAGGGUGGCAUCAGAAAGUCACUUGGGGGAACCACAUGCACUUGUCAUUUCACCUCCAUACACCUUGAAGACAUUUUCUUCUGCUUCUGAUACAAGGUGCAGUAAACUGCAACCCCUGCUUGCUGCAGAGAAUAGAAAAACUAUUUCAAACACUGCAAUGGAAAGUUAAUCCUGUGGCAGGAUUUAGAUGAUUUUCUGCUUUUUCAUUGGCUGUGGGUUGGCUGAAGGAGGAGCUAAUUCAAAAUCUUAUUUGUGUAAGAAAUUUAACUGGUCAAAGACCUAGCUUCUGGCCUAAAUCUUAAUGUAUUGUAGCAUUUCAAAGUCAAAACAGUCAAAAGUUGAUCAGCAAGAAGGGCUUGUUUGCUGUAAUGAUGAAAGCAUUUUGUUUUUGUGAUUAUUGAGAAAGAUAUAUGGAAAAACACAUAAAUAUUUGUAUUUUCAAAAUCAAAACAUAUUUUACAUUUUUUGUCAUCUUCUGUCCAAUUAGAAACAACCAUCUUGCUUACUAAAAAGUCUUUAAUUCUUGAUUAACCAGGAGAAUGAAUAAUUCGUAGCACUUGCCUCUUGACUAAGAGAUUUAAACUCAACAUAAUGAAUUGAAUAAGCCAUAAUAAGGUGCAUGACAAGGUAUACCUUACACAAUUUUAAUCCAGACAUUUUGUACCCCACCUCCAAAAAAAAUUUUGUUUGUGGUAUUUGGUCCAGUUACAAACAUUUAUAAACAUUUUUUAUAUAUAUAAGGAUUAAUGUUGAGUAAAUAUAUGAAGGGGUCUUUUGGAGGGACGAAAAGGAAAACACUAAAACGUCAUGGAAACAGUUUUCAAAGGAAUAACAUUGCCAUAAGGGGAAGUCCAGUCCGUCUGCUGCAACCCUUAGGAAAGCUGCACGCAUCCAAGUGCCAUUCACUGUCACGGAAAGAAUCAAAGCUUCCGGGCAGGGCAUUGUUUUUUCAUUAUUGAUCAAGAGUAUUCACUUCAUUUAAUAGUCUGUUAAAUUUGGCUACUGUACAUAAACAUUUAUGUGAUUUUCGUUGUACUUAACUGUUUGCAGUAGCCACUACAGUGUUUAAUAAAAAUAAAACAUU